CUCCGAAUCCAUGUACCCAUGGGUCCUGUAAAAACAACCCCUUAGGAUAUAGUUGUGUAUGUCAAACUGGGUACGAAGGCACCAGAUGUGAUCAAGCACUGACUACUACACAAGCAGCGAUAACGACUGGAGCCAUAUAUAUACCAUUGUUGCCUUUAGGACCUUAUGGACAACUAACAACAACAACUGGAGCUGGACCACUGCUACCUUUUGGACCUCAUGGAAAACGAUCAAAUCGUUUAUGUAAUAAAUCAGACCUUCUCAUGGACCUAGCUUCCGGAAAAAGUGUACAUAUGAAUGGUGCAGUUGAGUGUUCCGGUAAAUCUGCUAAUGCGCUCGUAAUGAAACAUUGUAAAGCUCCUUCUCGAUCAGAAUGGCAAAAAGGGAUCCAAAUAAAAGACAACUGUCCUUCCAUUGGGAACUAUGUACCAGCCGCUCAGUGGAUAAAUGGUGAUUUGCAAAGUAUAUCUGGUGUAGUGGUGUCCUGCAGCAGUGUUGUUAUUGAGAUGAUUUCACAAGUUUGUGGAGGGCACAUUACCUUAUCAAAUAUAACAAGUCCUUUGUUAGACACCCUGUAUGUUGUAGACUGGAACUAG